AUGAAUAUUUCAGUAGUACAAAAAGGUUCUGACUAUUCGAAGAAAGGAAGAAUGAACAGCUCUCUCAGAAUAAAAUCUAAUAUCACAUUUAUUUGGAACCUCUGUCAAUGCCAAAAAGUGAGAAGAUAUGAAAGUUUUAAAAUUGUUAAAGGCGAUGUAAAAAAAGAAAUUUGGAAUCAGUUAACAACUGUUGCAACAGAUAGUAGACACUUAGUAGACAAGACUCUUAACAUCACCUUCUACAACAUAAAAAAUCUGUGUUCAGAUAAAAAGAAUAUUUCUGAUUACCAAGGACAUCGGCAAAAAGAAAUGCUGAAAAAGAUGAAGGAAAUUAAUAUUUCCAUGUCACUCCUGCAGUUUUAA